CAUUUUACUUUAUUGGUUGCCGAAGACGUCUGCCAACUCUCCUCCUUCCGGUCUACGUCGUUGCUAGGUAACAGCUCCUAUGCAUUCCUUCUCGUCUCCGUUAUAGGAGCUAGCAUAAAUGCUAUGAUAAACAGCUACAGUUUACGGAGAAAAUCGAGCAGUUUGUGUUUUUCAAAAGCUGCUUUCUGGGAGCCAUGACAGCGAUUAAAGAUGGGGAGUACACGGCGACCAUCUACAAACUGAUUAAAGACGGACAAUAUGUAGAGGCAAUUCAUAUUCUAAACGGCCAACUUCAGAAACACACCAAGUCCAGAGCGGCGCUGUCCCUGCUGGGGUUCUGCUACUACCACAUCCAGGACUUCAGCAGCGCCGCGGAGUGCUACGAGCAGCUCACCCAGCUGCAUCCCGAGGUGGAGGAGUACAAGCUGUACUCUGCCCAGUCGCUGUACAAAGCCGGGGCUUACUCUGAGGCCACCAAGGCCUCGUUUGUCCUGGACAACCCCAGCAGCCACACCAAGAUGGUGAAGCUCCAGGCAUGUAUCAAAUUUUGUGAGGAGGAUUAUUCUGCAGCCAAGCUGCUGCUGGAGCAGCUGCCACAGGACGACCCAGACUACGUCUACAACAUGGGCUGCUUGCUCUACCAGGAAGGCAAGUACGAGGAGGCCUGCAAGAAGUUCAUGACAGCCAUGCAGAUGUUGGGAUACGUCCCAGCGUUGUCCUACAACAUCGCCCUGGCCUACUACAGCAUGAAGAACUAUCCGCAGGCCGUCAAAUACAUCACAGAGGUCAUAGACCGAGGAAUGAGUGAACACCCAGAGCUGGACGUCGGGGUGAAAACGGAAGGCUUCGACGUUCACAGCGUGGGAAACACUCUGGUCCUGCAUCAGUCGGCUCUGAUCGAAGCCUUCAACCUCAAAGCAGCCAUCGAAUAUCAGAUGAAGAACGGGCAAGCAGCUCAGGAGGCGCUGACUGACAUGCCGCCGAGGUCAGAGGAGGAGCUGGACCCCGUGACGCUGCACAACCAGGCUCUGGUGAACAUGGAGCAGAAGCCUUCAGAGGGAUUUGAGAAGAUGGCGUUUCUGCUGCAGCAGCCGUCCUUCCCCCGGGUCACGUUCGGAAACCUGCUGCUGCUCUACUGCAAACACGAGUACUUUGACCUGGCGGCCGACGUCCUGGCAGAAAACGCUCACCUCACCUACAAGUUCCUCUCUCCGUACAUGUACGAGUUCCUGGACGCGUUACUGACCUGCCAGACGGCACCAGAGGAGGCCUUUAGAAAGUUUGAAGAGAUGAACAGCAAAUUAACAGAGCAACUUCGCAAGCUGGCAAAGCAGGUUCAGGACACCAGGCACACCAGAGACGACGAGGUCCAGAGCAAAACGCUGCAGGACUACGACCUGCUGCAGGAGAAGUACGUCGUGGUUCUGAUGGCGCAGGCGAAGAUCUACUGGAACCGCGAGAACUUCCAGAUGGUGGAGAAGAUUUUCCGAAAGUCGGUGGAGUUCUGCAACGACGACGACACCUGGAAGCUGAACGUGGCUCACGUCCUCUUCAUGCAGAACAAGUACAAGGAGGCCAUCAGCUUCUACGAGCCCAUCGUCAAGACGCUCUACGACUCCAUCCUGGACGUGAGCGCCGUGGUUCUGGCCAACCUGUGUGUCUCCUACAUCAUGACCAGCCAGAACGAAGAGGCUGAAGAGCUGAUGAGGAAGAUUGAGAAAGAGGAGGAGCAGAUCUCCUACGAUGAUCCAGACAAAAAGGUUUUCCACCUCUGCAUCGUCAACUUGGUCAUCGGGACGUUGUACUGCGCCAAAGGGAACUACGACUUCGGCAUCUCCCGAGUCAUAAAGAGCCUGGAGCCGUAUAACAAGAAGGUUCGUCAUUUUAUUCUGUCGUUUCCUGAUGAACUCAGCCAGCAGGGGGCGGUAGCGCCAAGAUUUCCAACAUUAAACCUGCAUCAAAGAAGAACAUCCUGAGCACGGCUAACGCAGUGCUGGGUUCUCCCAACAUUUACACAGUUGGCUGGUUUCUCCUCAUCAUCAACGUUUGCAGCUCAAAGGAAACAAAAUCAGGACAAAUAAGGUUAAUGUGGAGAAACUCAAAAUGUGCUUCACUGGCGCUUCCACAGAAAAGUGGGACUGAUCAUGUGCAAAGUGGACAGAAAUGCAAACUUUAUCCGCUGUUUCUAACGGUAACAGAAAUUUUCUUCCAACACGCGACAGAAACCUCAAAUCAGAAAUUACUAUUUGCUUAAAAUUUGCUUUUUCUUCACUUUUUUCAGAUAUUUUUCUUUGUUGAUGACAAUCAUGUUUUCUGAAGGAAAUAUUGAAAUUAGAUGCAAAUGAUUCACUGAACAAUUAAUGUAGCAAAUAAUGGGCAUAAUUUUUGCCUUAAAUAUUUAUUAUUAUAUAUUUUUUCAGCUUUGGUUCUGAAUAUUCAGAUUCACAAGCAAAGAAAUUAUAAAAAAUCUGUCAACUUCUGAAAUAUUUUCCAAUGUAACUGUGUGUUUAGAGGCUGGUCAGAUUCCUGCUCUGCCUCUAAAUACAAUACAAACUUCUGCAGGUUGGUUGUUUUCCAGCUUAAGUGAGCGGCUCUGCAGGACUCAGCGGUUCUGGUUGGGAUCUUUGAUCCGGUCCAGACUCUGUCUGCAGCUGAGUCCGCUAAGCUGCAGCUGGAAACACAACAAUCAACUCAGGAAUGUGAAGUCAAGCAGGAAAACUGGCUUCACUUCAGACAGAGGCUUGUUUUUAAAGAGCUUAAUUACAAAAUGUUUGUAACAAUGACUUAAUUUCUCGUUGUGUGUGCAUGUGUGUGUGUGUGUGUGUGU